AUGGCACGAUCCACCCCCCUCCAGCACACGCAGCCCUGUCGGACGCAGCCCUGUCGGACGCAGCCGGGCGGCGGUCACCUCCGGAACGGCACCAAACCCCACUGCCCUCACCACACACACCCGUCCUCCCACCAUCACAGCAACCAGAGUCACCCGCCCAUCACACAUAACGGGCUGCGGAACGGAGGCCCUCACCCCAAACUGGGCUCCCUGCCGCGGGGUGGCUCUUCCACCUCCUCGUCAUCGUCCCGGAAGCUGCAGUCCAACCCGUCCAUCACCUCACAGAGCAGCAAGAGGAGCAAGAGCAGCUCCAAGAGCAACAGCUCACAGCUGCCCACAGAGGCCCAGGACGACUGUUGCGUGCACUGCAUCCUGGCCUGCCUCUUCUGCGAGUUCCUGACGCUGUGUAACAUCGUGUUGGACUGCGCCACCUGCGGCUCGUGCGCGGGGGACGACUCGUGCUUCUGCUGCUGCUGCGCCUCGGAGGAGUGCGGGGACUGCGACCUGCCCUGCGACAUGGACUGUGGGAUCAUCGACGCCUGCUGCGAAUCCGCCGACUGUCUGGAGAUCUGCAUGGAGUGUUGUAGUCUCUGCUUCUCCUCCUGA